CCGGCGCGUCCUCGCACGACAGCCCCAUCACCGCGCGCAAGCCACCCACACUCGUCCGACCCAAGCUCUAGCUGCCACGCGCUCUGCCUUAGCAGCACUCGUAGUCGCGCUCUGCUCAGCCUCGUCGACUGAAUAAGAAAUCCCUCCACCCUCAUUGCCCCCACUACCUGCGUCUGUCGACGUCAGCGCGCUCUCGCUCACCACCGACUCACCCAAGUCUCUACACCACGUCAUCUGCCAUCAUGUCUUCCAAGAUGGAACUCAGCCUCGACGACAUCCUCAAGACGCGCCGCCAGUCCACCCGUCGCGGUCGCGGAGGCCGCCGCUCUGAUGCAGGCCGUCCUGCCGCUCCCGCAGGCCCUGUUGGCGGUGUACAGAAAGCGAACAAGCCAGGCAAGCAGGCCAAGGCUGCUCCUGCGGCGCCCGCUGCUCCUUCGGGCGGCGAGACAAAGAUCAUGAUCUCCAACCUGCCCUUGGACGUUGAGCAGAAUCAACUUCAGGAUUAUUUUGCUUCAGCAAUUGGCGUCGGCAGGCCCAAGAAGAUUCUCAUGCAAUACGGACCAAACGGCCGUAGCCUUGGAAGCGCCACCGUCAUCUUCAACCGAAACGAGCAAGCUGUCAAGGCCACUACUUCUCUCAAUGGCGUUAAGAUUGACAACCGCCCGAUCCGCGUCGAGAUGCUUGUGAGCGCGGCAAACUUUCCAGCUUCAGCUGGAAAGCCUUCUCUCGCCGACCGUGUAACUCAACCAAGGAAAGACCAGCCUAAGCCUGCUACCGCUGCAAAGGCCACUCCUGCUGCUGGACGAGGACGCGGCGAAGGCCGUGGUGAAGGUCGCGGCCGCGGUCGUGGACGUGGUGGUCGUGACCGUCCUAAGAAGAAGACCGUCGAAGAGCUUGAUGCUGAGAUGGCCGACUACUUCCCUGCCGGUGGAGAGGGCAGUGCUGAUGCCAUGGCCACCAGCGGUGCGGAUGGCGUACAAGCAACUGCUGGCGGCGACACCGCCAUGGACGACGAGAUGCUCUGAGUUACUUUGAAACGCCUUACCAUUGCGACUUUCCUUACUUUAUGUUUAAUCAAUAUGAGCACAAUCAGUUUACGCUCUGGAGCAGUCGGGUUUCUCAUCUUUUUCAUUUCUUUGGAAACGACAUCGUUCACGAAAAUUGAAUUCUCCUCCAUAUUCAGGUUGCCAUGAGCAGCUGGUUGAUCGAUAGGGCACACGGUUCGGGUUUUGUACACUACUCUCACGGCGGUCGAACUUGAGGCUUAGAAAAUGCUUCUCUGUUUUGGUAGCUCAAUUUAUGAACGGUCUUCACGGAAGAAAUUUGCU